CCGAAACCGACCCGACAAGGAGCAGAACCCCUCGACCCUAGUCCUAGUAUCCGCCACCCCAGCCAUCAACCAGGUUACAGACUACCGCGGAUUAAGCAGCCUGAUUUAGGAGAACAUGGACCUGCCUGCAGAUCUCUGUGUGGAUGGUGAGAUUGAUAAGGAGAGUGGCCUGCUUUGCGGCCUACCUGAGGAUAUUUCAGAGGCUCGCAAGCGCGAGCUUACACGGGCCUUCACCGUGAGUAAGUGGAAGUGGUGGUACGUGUCGCCCAUGGAUCAAUUAGACAACACCAAGGAGGAUGAGAGCACCCGCGGCCGGGAAGUCGUCAAGGGCAUGCUAAAGUGCAUUUACAUGCGCCGUGGCAUGGAUACCAUCCUACAGUCACCCAACCAUAGCGAUGGCUCGCCGUGGUAUGUGAGCCCUCGAGAUGGCAUCCCCCCGCACCACAUCGAGACGCAUGCCCUGAGCUACGCCGCUCUGAAGCCCAUGGUCGACAAGUUUAUGAACGAUCACUUUCAGGACCUUGCCGUGUCCUCAGGGGCUGCUGGCCCACAGUCGAUGGCUGUCACUCUGUCACACGGCGCCCAGGUCCAGGCCACCUCAGCGGACGAGGGCGGGGAGGAUGACGGCGGUAACCUGGACAUUAGCCUCCUCCGGAUCCUGAAUAUGGCCUCCGCGGAUUUCCUGAGUGUAAUGGCCAUGGACUGUAUGGCCUGCUUCCCAGCAGCACUAGCUGACAAGUAG